AUGGAGAUAGAAUCCAGCACAAAGAAGCGCGCCAAGGCCACGGGAGAAUCAUCAUCGGAGGACCGGCUGAGCGGCCUCCCCGACGACGUCCUCCACUCCAUCCUCGGCGGGCUCUCCCUCAAGAGCGCUGUCCGCACCGGCGCCCUCUCCACGAGGUGGGCACGCCUGUGGAUCCACGCGAUCGCCGCCUCCGCCGUCCUCGACUUCACCGACCGCGACUUCGUCCGCGGCCAGUCGCCGGCGCAGAUCGCAGCCACGGUGGCCCGCUGUAUCGCGAUACACGGCGCAGCGCCCAUCGACGUGUUCCGCGUUGCGCUGUCCCCGGUCGGCGCGCUCGGGCAGGACGUCCUCGAGUGGAUCGCGGCCGCCCUGGGGAGAGGCGCCCGGGAGGUUCGUGUAGACCUGGCGCGGCCGGGCAUCCUGCACAACGACGACGCAUCCCUGCUUCAGCUUCCAGAUGACUUGUUCCAGGUCGAGAACUCCCUGGCGGUGCUCAGCUUGGGCAGGUGCAGCCUCCGUGCCGUCCGGCCCGGCGCCGCGGGGCUCGCCGGCCUGACGUCGCUCUCCCUCGACCGCGUCGACGUCACCGACGAUGCCCUCCGGGACGUGGUCUCGGGGUGCCGGCUGCUCGAGUUCCUGAGCCUGAGGAGCUGCCACCUGCUCCGGUCGGUGAGGGUCAACGGCGAGAGGCUGCGGGGCCUGGAAAUCGUGUGCUGCCUGGCCAUGCGCGACCUGCAUGUGGCCGCGCCCGCGCUCGAGUCCUUCGCGCUCCACGGCGACAUCCUCUAUUCUAGGGACGACUACUUGACCGAGCCCAUCGUGUUCGUCGGCAAGGGCAACUCAAGGUCGACGUGGAACGCCGACACGCCGGAGCUGCGGGACGCGUACCUGUCCCACCUCGGCUUCGGCGAAUACGACCCAGUGAUUCACGACUUCGCGUACUCGUGCGCCUUGCUCAAGGUCGCGCACGCUAGGAUCUUGACACUCUGCUCCAAGGGCCUGCUGCACAUCGAUGUGGAGCGUAAUUGUCUUGAGCUCGAUGUGGAUACCCCGAACCUUGAAGAACUGCAGCUGCUCAUGGGUUCCAUGGGCGACGAUGAUCUCGCUCUUUUUGCUGGCUUCUUCGAGCUCACCGUUCCACCGCUUCUCGAGCGACUCUUCGUCCAGCUCCCGGCAGCUUGCAACGGCACGACGACCGGCGAAGACGAGGAUAUCGUUCUCGACGAGGAGAUCGUUCUCGACCACCUGACGUUCGUCAAGAUGAUGAACUUCCGCGGGACGACGCACGAGCUGAUGCUGCUCAGGUUCGUCCUGCGCAGGGCUCCUGUCCUCGAGCAGCUGGUGCUCGUCACACCAGAAGAAGAGGGAACCCCGACAAACCAUGGCAAGCUCCUUAAGAUCGUUCAAGAGCACGUGUCACAGAUCCGGAAGGCGUCUCCGGACGCCCAUAUCACCGUGUGCCGGCCGCAGGAGGACGACAGCCGGAGCCCUGCGCACACCAAGUACUACCACGAUGACCAGGAAAACUCCAGUUAGAGCGUUAAUUUAAUUCCACUUGUCACCAAGAUCGUUACUUGCACAACUGCGUCUAUGUUGUGGCUCGAACGAUACCUCGGCCUCGGCACGUUUGCGUGUUAUAUGAACGAGGGAAUAACCCAUCGCUAAGUCGAUUACAUCGAGUACAUUGAGGGAGGGGUAGAAAGGGUGGUACCUAUUGGAGUACUACUACAUACCGGAUACAUACCAAAGAAAUACAAGAGAGUAUAAACCCUGA